AUGUUUGGCGCGGGUAAUGUGGGAUUCGGUUCCUAUGAGAAAGAUCAGCGGAAGAUCAAUGCGCAAACAAGACCUGAGGCGGCUGGGCGGCCGGGCGCAAAUAGUAAGCAGGGUAGUGUAGGUGGGCAACAGUCACCACGGCCAGCGCCUUCCCAGCGACCGGGGGGUUCACGACCAUCUGGCGCACCUCUUGCGGCCCCUCGCUCACCAGCGACAGCGCCAGGCACAUCGAGGAAUCCGGUGAGUCCUCGCGAACAUAGAACUGUAGUGAUUAAGUCACAUAAAUAUUUUUCAAGCAUGUGUCCAUGCAGUUAUAUUCAUUAAAUAAAUUUCAUGUAUGG